AUGGAUAUGUCAGCUGCUCUGAUGAUUCUAUCAGCAUUGGUGGCAUACUUGCUUUGGUGGAGUUUCAUCUCGCGGUCAAUGAGGGGUCCACGUGUAUGGCCUCUAUUGGGCAGUCUUCCUGGUCUCGUUCAGCACUCUAAUCGCAUGCAUGAUUGGAUCGCAGACAAUCUCCGCAUGUGUAGCGGCACGUACCAGACAUGCAUAUGUGCAAUUCCCUUUAUAGCCCGGAAGCAAGGUCUCGUGACAGUCACGUGCGACCCCAAGAAUGUAGAGCACAUCUUGAAGGCCAGGUUUGAUAAUUAUCCAAAGGGACCCAAUUGGCAAUCUGUGUUCCAUGAUUUGCUUGGCGAUGGUAUCUUCAACUCAGAUGGCGAUACAUGGCUGUUCCAGCGUAAGACGGCCGCCCUUGAAUUUACCACCCGGACACUACGACAAGCCAUGGCGAGAUGGGUGAGCCGAGCCAUCAAGCAUCGGUUUUGCCCUAUACUUGAGUCGGCUCAGCUGCAAGCCAAGCCUGUUGAUCUUCAAGACUUGCUACUUCGGCUCACUUUUGAUAACAUUUGUGGGUUGACUUUCGGCAAGGACCCGCAAACUUUGUCGCCUGAACUCCCCGAGAAUGGCUUUGCCGUGUCUUUCGACAGAGCGACGGAAGCCACUCUGCAACGCUUCAUUUUGCCUGAAAUAGUGUGGAAGUUGAAGAAAUGUCUUCGGCUUGGGAUGGAAGUCAGCUUGAGCCAAAGCCUUGAACACAUAGACGCAUACUUGGCAGACAUCAUCAAUGAACGUAAGCUCGAAUUGCUUAGUCAGCAGAAAGGUGGCAGUGGAAACCCGCAUGAUGACUUGUUGUCUAGAUUUAUGAAGAGAAAAGAAUCCCACUCAGACAAAUUUCUUCAACACGUGGCAUUAAAUUUUAUCCUAGCCGGACGUGACACAUCAUCGGUGGCAUUGAGCUGGUUCUUCUGGCUAGUAAGUCACAAUCCAGAAGUGGAGGAGAAAAUCCUCAUCGAAAUUUGUACCGUUUUGAUGGAUACACGUGGAAAUGAUACUUGCAAGUGGUUGGAGGAGCCAUUAGUGUUUGAAGAAGUUGACCGAUUGACGUACCUUAAGGCAGCAUUGUCUGAGACCUUAAGGCUUUACCCUUCUGUACCUCAAGACUCAAAGCAUGUGGUUGCUGAUGAUGUUUUGCCAACUGGAAAUCUUGUUCCGGCAGGAUCGUCCAUAACAUACUCAAUAUAUGCAAUUGGUCGGAUGGAAUUUUUCUGGGGUGAAGAUUGCCUACAAUUCAAGCCAGAAAGAUGGUUAUCCUUGGAUGGCAAGAAAAUUGAGGUACAAGAUUCUUAUCGGUUUGUCGCCUUUAACGCAGGUCCAAGGAUCUGUUUAGGCAAGGAUUUGGCUUAUUUGCAAAUGAAGUCGAUCGCAGCAGCAGUGUUGUUGCGCCACCGGCUCUCGGUGGUGCCCGGCCACCGUGUGGAGCAAAAGAUGUCAUUGACAUUGUUUAUGAAGUAUGGUCUGAUGGUUAAUGUGCACCCCAGGGACCUGAAGCCUGUUGUGGAAAGUAUGUGCAAAAAUGCUGUUCCUAACGGUAAUCAUGAUCGUGGGGUUGAAUCGGUUACUCCAGUUUCCGAAGGGAAUUACUGA